CGACCUUUUCCUUAGCAAAAAGAGGCAACUUAUAAGGGUGAAGGUCUGGCGUUGUUAGGGUGGACACAUCGCGUCGAUAGAAACAUCACCCUUUUUGGCGUCCAAUGAACUCCAAGUAUAAGGUCACUUAUUUAGUCAGUUUGGCGACGCCUGCGAGCAUUUCCACACGCUUUUAUUUCACGAAUAGAUGCAUAUCUCACAAGUAGUUACACACCAAAUGGAUCAAUAAAAAAUAGACAAGACUUCUAAAUAUAUCUCUGUUCCAGUACAUUGGAUUAGUUGUAUUCGGAACUUCUGAUGAUCCAGAAAAAUAGGUUCAUUUCGCCAAGAAUAUUUUUUUUAGGAUGCCUGAAUGUGAGGUAGUUUUAGAUACCGGUGCUGUAUGCAUAGGUGACACUGUUUGCGGGAAAGUUGUGUGCAGUUUUCCAUCGGACACGAAAGUCAGAGAAAUAACUUGCCAGCUUGUUGGUAAAGAGAAGACUCGCAUUAGGCAAAAAAGGCAGAUACAUUUCGGCAUGAACGUGCUCUUCGAGCAAUCGCAGAUUCUCGUGGGAGAAGAUAAAAUACCUACGGGUUACUACGAAUUUAAUUUUUCGUUCACUUUACCCACGUAUAUACCAGCAACAUUUUCGGGGAAAACCGGGUGGAUUUAUUAUUAUGUCAAAGCAACAGUCAAUAGACCAUAUAUGAUCGAUUAUGAACAUAAAGUUACGCUUACAGUAUCCUCGCCUCGGGUUGAUUUUAAUCAUAUUCGAGAAAAUUUACAAUUAUCUCCUGUAGUAUAUGAAAGUGAAAAAAGGCUGUGUUGCUGUUGUUGUGCGAGCGAGCCGAUUACUCUGAGUUUGUCUCUUGAAAAAGAGGCUUUUGUGCUGGGAGAAGUCGCUAAAAUCGUUGUAAAAAUAAUGAAUAUGUCUGAAACGAGCGUGCAAGAAUUGGAAUUGUCUUUAACAAAGCACCUCGAAUUCUUUAAUAAAGAAAACAGUGAGUUAACAACCGAAGUGAAGGAUUUAAUAGCGGUCGAAAAGGCCUCAGGAGUGGGACCUCACGGGAGUAGAAUCUACAGAAUUAAUUUCCUUAUACCUCCGACGAUUAACAUAACAAAUUUGAACAAUUCCACCUUAAUUAAACGACAGUUUGUGCUUAUGGCGAAGGCGGUGCUUCCCUCGUUUCACGAGAAUUUUUCAGUGUGUACGGCGAUUGUGUUAGGACACAUUCCUAUACUCAGUUCACAGGAUUCGCCUGUUUACCAAAUGGAUCGCCUAGGAAUCGAAAUUGAAGAUUCGGAGUUGCCUUAUGUCACAACUACUAAUCCGUGCGUUAUAUUUUGAACGCUGUCUAUUGAAUAUUGUUAGUUAUUAAAAAUAUAUAUUAUUUGAUAUAUGAUUUUAUUUGAUUUCAAUUUCUAUAACAGUUUUAUCAGUGUAAAAUUGAAAUGAUGAAUUUGUAAAAGGUGUUGCCUAACUACAUACCGC